UUGCAUCACCAAUCGAUAGCUGGGGAAAUUUAAGCCUCUGCUGGGAAUUUUCGAAGGGAAAUUUUCGUUCAUUCCGCGACGUGAAGUUGGUUGCGAUUUCCUUUUUAAUUCGUUGUUGGGAAGAAAAGCCAAUCUAAACCGCCAAGAUGGGUAAGGGAAAUAAUAUGAUUCCAAACCAGCACUACCACAAGUGGUGGCAGCGUCAUGUGAAGACCUGGUUCAACCAGCCUGCACGUAAACACCGCAGACACGAGAACCGCGUCAAGAAGGCCAAGGCUGUGUUCCCCCGCCCAGCCAGUGGUGCUCUGCGCCCCGUGGUCCGUUGCCCCACCAUCCGCUACCACACAAAAUUGCGUACCGGCCGUGGCUUCACCCUGGAGGAGCUGAAGGGCGCUGGCGUCAGCGCUAAAUUCGCCAAGACCAUUGGCAUUGCUGUUGACUUCCGUCGCAAGAACAAAUCCCUGGAGUCGCGUCAGCGCAACAUCCAGCGCCUCAAGGAGUACAGAAGCAAGCUGAUUCUGUUCCCCAUCAACGAGAAGAAGAUCCGAAAGGGUGAAUCUUCCGUGGAGGAAUGCAAGCUGGCCACCCAGCUCAGGGGACCCAUUAUGCCCAUCAAGGCCGAAAAGCCCGUGGUUGAGUUCCGUGAAGUUACCAAGGAUGAGAAGAAGUUCAAGGCUUUCGCUACUCUGCGCAAGGCUCGUACUGAUGCUCGUUUGGUUGGCAUCCGCGCUAAGCGCGCUAAGGAGGCAGCUGAGAGCGAGGAGGGAGCCAAGGGCGAUCCCAAGAAGGCCAAGAAGUAAGCUGCAUCUGGCCCUGAGAGUUCUGUCUAUAAUAACAACCAGAAUAAAUUAAAUAAAAUUAGUUUUUUCUUAAACGUGAA